CGGUAUUUGCUGGUUACUAUUUAGUAGCAGAGAAAGUUUUAGGGGAACGCAUCCUGUUAGUUAAUUUUUAGCCAACAUAUUGGUUGUAUCGUAUAUCAAAUUAGUAGCAACAAUGAACGAAAGCAUACAAAAAAGUUCGAAUUUAGAAAACGACACACCUGAGACCGUGUCCUCUUCAAAACAAGCAACCAAAUACCAACAGGUUUUAAAUCAAGCAUUCGCUCAAAUGGAAAUCGAUGAAAGAACCCGCUGGUUGGCAGAGAACAACAGUAGUACAGAUGAGGAUCAUCCCAAACGAAAGUUGCUGAAAUCUUGGCUCAACCAACUGUUUCGUAUCAGAAUGACGGACGGUCGAAUACUGGUCGGAUAUUUCGUAUGCACCGAUGCCGACGCCAACGUGGUGUUACAGUCCACCAGCGAAUACACAGAAAUUGGAGGAGAAGAACGAAUUCUCGGUCUAGUCAUGAUACCCGGACGAUACAUAAUGUCAAUAGAAGAACGAAACGAUACUGGACGAUUUACGUGGUAA